AUGAGUGGACCCGCUCGCCGGGGCAGUCGCUCCGCUGCGCGUUCGGCGGUCGCGUCGCCGUAUGCGCGUGCUGUGCCCAAGACCAAUAAGAGUAGUAGGAAUGGAGGAGGAGGAGGUGAGAAAGGGAGUUCAUCGUCCUGGUCCCUCUCCGGCAUCCUCAACUACCUCAAUCCGCUGCGGGGGCGGUAUGCGCAGCCUCCGCAAGGCCAAUCCCCCUCACAACCCUCCCAACAAGGCCAACAAGGCCAAAAAUCUCAACGGCGAGGAGGAAGAGGUAGUGGACUUGGAGAAGGUGAAGAUGGAGAAGGUGAAAACGAAGGAGCAGGAAGCGAAGGAGGUAGUGAAGGAGAAGAUGUGGAAAGAGAAGAAGAAGUGGGUAUAAAAAUAGACGGAGCAGGAACGACGACGACGGCUGCGCACUCGUUGGCUGCGAGAGGGCAUCAGAUCACCACCUCCCUCCUCACAACCCCCACCCCACCUCCAGCUGUUUCGCCGUUUUCGUUUUCUCGGGGUACACCCCCACCCCCACCCCUUCCACCACACUCUCACAACUCUGUGACAUCUGUGACAUCUGUGUCAUCACCCAACGCCGCUCCCUUCCGCCUCACUCCCACUCCAAGGGGAGACCAACAACACCCCCCAACCUCCUCCACAUCCUCAUCCUCAUCCUCCCAGCACCAAUCCACAUCCCCAUCCACCCAGCACCAAACCUCAACCACCCAAGGCCUCGCGUACCUCUCCAAAUACAUCAACGAGCGCCCGCGGGACGAGCCGCUCACGACGUCGGAGGCGGAGGAGAUGAUUAUGAUUAUUAAGGGGAGUACACCGGUGGAAGAACACGAGACGUUUCGGUUUUCCAACAACACUACCAACAAUUAUCACUCAACACCGAUGAGAGGAACGUCUCCUUUGUUUCGUACACCCACCACCACCACCACCACCAACACGAACACGAAUACGAAAAUCAACACCAUCCCAUUCUCCUUCUCCCCUUCGUACCACCUCCCUUCUCCUUCCCCUUCCCCUUUCCUCAACUCCAACAACUCCAACCCCUUCCUUCACCCCAACAACGCCUUCUCCCCCAACAACUCCAACUCCAACAACCCCACCCCCUCCCCAAUUCCAAGCACCCCCAAACUCCUAAAACACAACCCCAACGGGAUAUAUCGCUGGGAAGGCGGUGGGAGCGCGCGCGCUGCUAAACAGUCUUAUCCCCACCCUACUACUUCUACUUCCCGCUCUUCCCGCUCUCCCUACUCUCAGAAUAACUCUCAGAAUAACUCCCAACCCCUCUCUCAGAAUAACUCUCAUAGUAACUCUCAGAGUAACUCUCAGAAUACCUCCCAAUCCCAACCCCCCCGUCGCUCGCGCAACCGAUACCACUCUCCGGCGUUUGGACCGACACCGCGGGCGGCGAGUGCGAGUGCGAAUGCGAAUGGGCGGUUGGUGAUACGGGAGGGUGAGGCGCGGAGUGGGAUCAGUGGGAUUAGGGGUGAGAUGAAGGGUGGAGAGGGGAGUGGGAUGAAGGGUGUUGGGAAGGGUGGGGAAGGGAAGGCUGAUACGAAAAGACGCAGAGUCGGGGAGACGGCGGUGGGGUAUCGACCUAGUGGGACUCUCAGUGGUGGAACUCCCAGUGGUGGAACAGGUAGUGGAACAGUGGGACGCUCCCCUGCCCCAGAACCCUCCCCCACGCGUGCAGCGGAGGCGGUGAGGAUCCCGGUGUUGAGUCCUACUCCACCCGCUUCGAGGGGUGCGGGGAAUGGGAAAACUACGGCUACAACAACAACAACAACGACGACUUCGACGACAAGGAACACAACUCGGAACACAACUCGGAACACAUCAGUCCUCCGAACCCCGUUAAAACCCACCACCCCCGUAGUUCCUUCCCCGCUGCGUCAAGCAUGGGGUCAGCCCUCGUCUCCUACUCCCAGUCCCAGUUCGAGGUCGUCCGAGGACGAACCUCAUUCCCUCCUUUCCCAUUCCCCCAAUUCCCUUUCCCAUUCCCUCUCCCUCACCAACCCCCCAAAACCCCCUAAAUCCACUUCCCCCUCUAAUCCCACCCUCACUCUCCCCCCCACUCCCACUCAAACCACUCAAACCACUCAAACCAAACCACCCACCCCAACCCAAACAGCAACCUACAUGAGCACCCUCAUCAAGGAAGUCACGCCCGUGCGGAACCUGGAUGUGAGGAACCCGUAUCAGGCGGCGAGUCCGGUGGGUGCUGCGGUGGGUGCGCGGAGGUCUGGGAGGUUGAGAGAGGGGUCGAGGUCCUUGAGAGAUGGUGCGAGGGUGAAGGAGGGGGUGGGUGCGAGAGAGGGGUCGAGAAGGAUGGGAAAGGGGAGUAGGGAAAGUAGGGGGAAGAAAGACGGAGAUGGAGAAGGAGAAGAAGAAGGAAGGGAUACGAAUAAAGUGGAGAAUGGGAAUGGGAUUGGGAAGGGAAACGGAAUUGGAAAUGGGGCUGGGAACGGGAAGGGAAACGGAAACGGGACGGUGAAAGAGAAAAUCCAGGAUUUCGAGAACGAGAAACAAAAACAAGACGAAAAAGAAAAAGAGAAGGAAAGAGAGAGUGUGAGGGAAAGAGAGAAAGAAAGAGAUGUAUCAUUAGAGAAAUACUCCGCACAGGCUGUUAUCGAGGCUACGUUGCCUAAGGGCAGCAAACGCUCCAGAGCCCCCGUCAACCUCGGGAUCGGGAAGGGGCUUCCUCACGGGUUGAACGGUGCGAACGGGUUGAACGGUGGGAACGGUUUGAACGGUGGGAACGGUUUGAACGGUGGGAAUGGUGGGAGUAGUGGAAAGUCGAUGCGGUCGCCGUCUCCGAAUGCGAACCCGAAGGCGAGGGGAGAGCAGACUCCGACUCCGACUCCGACUCAGAUUCAGACUCAGACUCGGACUGAGACUAAGGAAGGUGAACGAGGAGGUGAACGACAAGGAGAACGAGGAAAGGAAAGAGAAAGAGAAGACACAGAAGACGACCCCGACGAACAAUCCCGCUCGAAUAAGAAAUCGAAAGCUUCACACCCAACACACCCAACACACCCAACACGCACUUACACUCCUGCUGUACCAAACGGACACGGACACAGCAGUAGUAGCAGUAGUAGCAAUACCAAUACUAAGAACCCUUCCUCCUCCCCAUUCGCUGCGGUCGGUGCGUCGGUGGUGGAGGAGGUUGGGGACGAGGAUGAGGACGAUGAGAUGAGUGGAGAUGUUACCAGUAGAAAUGAAGUAAAGGAUAAACCAUCCUCCUCUGCUUUCCCUGCCUUUUCUCCCUCUACCUCUUCCUCUUCUAACCCCCGCACCACCACCAACCCCACCACCAACCCAAGCACCAACCUCAGCAUCCACGGUGGAAUCACAGGACCCACCCAAAAAAACCCCACCAUCCCCCGAGAACCGUCCAAGCUCCGGUUCAGCUAUAAACCGGACUCGGAGGCGCACCAGCCUCCUCCGACUGUGAUUCCUCCUUUGACUUCGGGAGGUUUUGAGGGUGGUUCGCAGGGUGGUUUUGAAGGAGGUUUGGGAGUUUCUGAGAGAGGUGAGGGAGUUUUUGGUGACCCUCGUGGAGGUGCGGAUGCGGGUGCUGGUUCUGUGUUCGGUGCGGAUUCGAGUAAGACGUCUAAGAGCACUACGAGUACGACGAGUACGGCGGUAACAGCUCCCAGUGCGUUCACGAAUUUCGUUUCGAAACCAGCUCCUUCGUCUGCUCCUACUCCUUCGCCUGUAUCUGCACCUGCUCCUGCACGGACAUUUGUGCCUGCACCGAUAUCCGUUGUAUCCGACCCCAAACACCUCGUGCAAUCCCUCCCCGUCGCUGAUCUUCCGGUGUUUUCUUUCGAUGUCGAUGUCGAUCUUGGUGUUGGUGUUGGUGUUAAUAUCGACAAGACUGAGGGUGCGGGUGGGUUGUUGGCGAAGAUCGAAGGGGGAAGUGGUAUUAGUAGUGGUAUUAGUGGAAGUACUAGUGGAUUUGGUGGAAGUACUAGUGGAUUUGGUGGAAGUGGAAGUGGAAGUAGUGCAAGUGCCAGUGGAAGUGGAAGUAGUGGAAGUAGGGGAAGUGGAAGUACCAAAGCGAAACAAACAGCCAACCAAAUCCCUCUCUCCGACCUUCCCCACUUUGAUUUCGAUUCCGACCCGGUCCCGGUCGCUUCCACCUCUUCCUCUUCCUCCACCUCUUCCCUCCCCUCUUCCUCGAAACGCGAUGCACCGCAUCCCCAACCUCCCCCAAAAUCCCAAAAAUCCCUAGCCCCAUCCUUCGACUGGGCCGCAGCAGGCCUCCACCCCCCGGACGCCUCCCAAUGGGUGUGUCCCUCGUGUGCGGUGCAGAAUAAGCCGGCUGCGGGGAGGUGUGUGGCGUGUGAUGGUGCGAAGCCUGGACCCUCUGCCUUUUCUGCACAAGCACAAGCACAAACACCCCCCGCAGCACAAGCAACAGCACAAACACCUGCCCAAGCACAAGCACAAACAACAGCACCCCCCGCAGCAAAAGCACCCCCCGCACCCGCACCAGCGCCAGCGCCAGUGCAAAGCUUCAACUGGGAAGCAGUAGGGAUGAAGAAACCGGAAGGCAAAUGGGAGUGUCCGGCGUGUAUGUGUAUGAAUGGGAUGGAGGUGGGGAGGUGUCCGGCGUGUGAUGGUGCGAAGCCUUAGUAGUGGGUGGUGUGGAUGGGUGAGGGAGUGAAGCCUUAGUAGUGGGUGGUGUGGAUGGGGGAGGGUGGGACGCCUUAGUGAAUGGGUAGUACCAGACAGUUGAUAGUUCAUAGCUGAUAGUUCUUUUUUUCCUUUUUUUCAACCAACCAAUCGAAUAAUCGAAUACGAUAAGCCUGUGUUUGUUUUUUUUUCUUUUUUUUCUUCUGUUUUCUGUUUUUCUUUUUUUCUGUCUUCCUUCUUCCUUCUGUUUUUUGUCUUCCUUCCUCCUUCUGUUUUUUGUCUUCCUUCCUCCUUCUGGCUUGUGUCUU